AUCGAAGGAAGCAGUGAAGAAGCUAUUACAAUCUCUUUCUCGAUCCCGACAAUGUUAAACCAUUUGAAAUUUUUUUGUUCUUUAUUGAUAAUGAUGUCUUGCUAUCGACCGGUGGCGCAUGGACAAGUUUACGCACUGGGUUCUUGUCCCAAUCUCAACGUCGUCUCCGACUUCAAAAUCGAUCAGUAUUUGGGUAAAUGGUACAGCAACCGCAGCUAUUUCCCAUUUUCCCAGUCUGGAUUGGAAUGUAUAACAGCCGAAUACGUAAAAAAUGGAGCAAAGAUAACCAUGAAAAAUGUCGGAAUUAAAAAAAUAACGAGAACGAGAUCGACGACGUCAGGUACUCUACGCCACGUACAGCCUCCCAACGGCAAACUAAGCGUGUCAUUUUUCGGCGAUCCUACACAAGGGAACGCGAAUUAUUGGGUGCUGGACACGGAUUACACUUCGUAUUCUGUUGUAUGGAGCUGCAUGCACUUUGGAAUUGAGCCCAUCAAUACACGAAUUGUGUGGAUCCUAACUCGCGAGCAGCAUCCCUCAAACGCUACAGUGAACGCUGCAUUGACGGUACUUAGGAAAAAUGGGAUCGAUCAAAGUAAAUUGCGGUUGACGAAUCAACAGGACUGCUAGCCGUGCAACUGAAACUCAUUUGGUACAAUCUUGGUGGGAUGGGGUGUUCAAAUUGGUAAAAGAAAACGUUUUA